AAGAAACUGUAGAUGAAAAACAACCAGUUUAAUAAACAUUUUUAGUGUCAGAUGAUUGCCUAACAGACACUGAUUUCUUGAUUAACUGUACUUUUUUUACGAAGUAUUAAAACAUAACGUGACUUCUGGUUUACUGUAAGUUUCUCCCCCGGUAAUAAAUAAUAGCUUAUCUAACAUUGAUUCCAAAAAAAGAAUUGUUUUCAUUGAAAUAAGGGAUAUAAUGUAUUGCUGUCGAUUACAAAUUGGCACUUUCAGAUUCAUAAGAUAGAUUACAUUAAUCUCAUUCCAAGUACUCUUGAAUUAAACUAUCAAACAAAUGCCUAGUUCAUUUCCUGUUGACCUUUUCAACGGUCAAAUAUCUUCCCACGCAAGACAAGACACAACAUUAAUGGACAUUGUUCCAGUAUGAAGUUUUAUUAUAUUAUUAUAUUCUUUUUGUUUUCUCAUUGGCUGAAGAUGGAGGGAAUGGUCUUUGAUCAAAUGUACACCGCGGGAAAACUUUCGAAAGCUUAAUAUAAGAUUUGGCAUAGCUCACGUGUACCUAUAAAAAAAAAUUCAAUGUCGUAAAGUAAGAGGUACAAUCGAAAGACCCUAGUUAUCUACUUUUUAUUGAUAAUAAUUUAUAUCAACUUAAAGCAAAUUUCAAUCAUUCCGUUGUAGAAAUAUCAUAUGCCUAUAUUUAAUACUUCCGUAUUUUUUCGAUCAUUUUUUUCAGUUACGACAUGACGCAAUUUACAAUUAAGAACACGCGUUUUUAAAUAUCAUAAAUAGUUUUUUGAAAUUUAGCCAUCAUUUAACUUUUCUAGUUCUAAGACGUAUGAUAUAUCUUAUAUGUGGUGUUUGAUCUACGUUCCUACUUCAUACAAAUUCGAUAAAUAUGCCGGAUUUCCUUACUGCAUACAAUUACACAUAGCGUAUUAUAUGAGAAUUAUGUAUAUAAUUCAGGUUUAUACAAAAGACAAUUUGCCCCUUUCCGUUCCCCAUUGCUUUAUCUUCUUUCAAUUAUUUUUAGCACGUGAGAACUAUUAAUAAAUUCACAUUGUUUACGUUGAAGGCAUCGCCAUUCUUUGUUGUUAAUAUUAUUAACACAAUUAAUCAACUAAUUCGUCUAUACCAAGUGGGUGCUGAUAUAGAAUCCGAUUCUAAAGUGACAUACCUUAUCAAUAAGGAUUUAUCUUAACAUUAAUGUGUUGUUUUAGUUUCAAACAGUUUUACCCACACAUUUCAUGAACUAUUGAUGAACUUUCGAAACCUGAGAUAGUUAUCUAUAACGUGAUACAGAGGAUAAAUUUCUACACAUAUAUUUCUAUUAUUCGUACGUAAGUACUUUAACUAAAUCAAUAUGAGAGGUAGAAAGAGGCCACGUAGGCAAAACAGUGAAAACAAUAGAAAUUGGUCAAAAGAAACUUAUCUGGAAAAACUAAAAGAGAUGGGUAUCGGGGUCAAUGCAACGUGGAAGGUAGAAAUGCUUCGUCAAUUAUAUUUGGCUAAUAAACCAAAAACUACGUCUAUAACAAUUCCUGAAACAUCCAGUCAGCCUCCCGUUAAUGAGUUGCAAAACUCUAUAAAUACGAAUGAUCUAGGAUUAUAUCACCCGUCAACGUUUCCUAUCGUAAAUGAUACGCGUAUUCAUACGCCAGAUAUCGCACUUAAUCUAAACAGUGAGGUACUCUUUAGGGAAUCUGCCGCAGCCUUUACCUCAGCAACAGAAACUCUAUCAAAUAUCGCUAAACUGAUGUUAAAACAAUCAAAUACAGAAAAUGUUACUGAAAAAGAAUCAACCACACCUACAAUAGAAUCUGCCAUAAGAUGUUCCAAUAGCCGACUAACAGACUCCGCUACCGAGGCUACAUCGACAGGAAAAGUAUACUAUGCUGAAGAUCUACCAAAGAUGGAUUUUGUUGCACCCUCCAUAAAAAAGCAGAUAAUAGAAGACCUUCCAAAAAGCAGCACCAGCAGCAGAGAAAGAACCCACUCCGUGUCCGAAAUCUUGGCAAGUAAAGUGGAAUUAAAUGCAAAAGUUAAACAUUUAAUUCACAACUCAAUCGCAAGCAGUACGCGUUCGCAAUACGAACAUGGAUUUAAAUCAUACAAAAACUUUUUGUGUCUAUCCGGUUUUAAGUGGGAUGAUAAAACAGAUUUGCCACCUCUAACGGAAGAUAUCUUAAUGCAUUACGCUACACAUUGUCAUGAAAAUCUUAAAAUAAAAUGUUCUACAAUAAAAAUGUACAUUUGUGGUUUAAGAUACAUAUAUCUUCAAUCCGGAGUACAGUGUUUAUUCAGUAGCUGUUGUUCUUCAAAACUGCUUAGGUUAGAAACAAUUUACAGGGGUAUUAAGAAACAAGAAGUAAAGAGUUCCCGAAAAAGAUUACCGCUAACUUAUGAUAUAAUUAAAAAUAUGAUAACAGUGCUUCAAAAGGGAAUAGUUUCGCCAUUUGUUACUGCACUUAUUGAGGCAGCUUGUAUCGUCGCUUACUUCGGAUUUCUCCGCUGCGGUGAAUUAACCGUCAACACGGACUUCGAUGCUUCUUGCAAUCUAUGUAUAGAAGACAUCACUUUCGAGGAGGAUUACGCAAUAUUACAUUUAAAGUCGUCUAAAACAGACCCUUUCAGAAGUGGAGUAAAUAUUUAUCUUUUCAAAAACAACACCUCUUUGUGCCCGGUCAAAUCUUUAAUUAGAUACCUCGCUGUUAGAAGAUCUAGAUUCAGCAUAGCCUGCAACUCAAGUCCGCUCUUUGUUAUGGAAAAUGGAGAGGCUCUAACACGUACGUUUUUCAUCAAUCAUGUUCGAUCCAUCCUGGAAAUUAUCGGACUCAACCCAUCUAAUUACAACGGACACAGCUUCCGAAUAGGAGCGGCAACAUCAGUUGCAUCAAAAAUUGAAGAUCACCUGAUCAAGAUUUUAGGUCGUUGGAGUUCCGAAUGCUAUACCAGAUAUAUUCAUACUCCAAAAUCAACCAUUAAACAAGCCCAGCUAGCCUUGAUAUCCGAUUAGUCCAGUUUUACUAUUCAACAGUUUUCUUUGUAAGAGUUCAUGGAAAAUAUGUGCGCGAUUCUACAGUGGCACAAUAAUUCACUGUUCAGAAUGAGUGUUUUCUUGUCAAAUACAUGUAAGACUACGAUUCCUUUCAAUGAAAUUUCAAUUUGAUUAACAGGGGCAUAAUAAUCCCCGUCGACUGCAGUGUGUUGCUUUAUUAAUUGGAAAUAACACCAUCAUUGGAAUCAGUGUCUUCAUUAGUGUCACUUGUGCAUAAGAAUCCACAUGUCUGCAAUGCUUUUUGACGGGGCACAAUAAUCCCCUUUCUAUGAGUUUGAAUAUACUCAUCAUUGGGGCUUGACAAUUAGUAGUUAUAUAAUAUGUUACUCAACUAAAGAUGGUAUACUAUUCCCUAUAUGAUUUGAAUAUAUUAUAUUGAGCAGCAUGAUAGCGUAGUAUGAUCGUGUAUAUACUUAUAUGUCAAAUUUAUAUGCUUUUUUGUUUUUAAACUAUACUUCGUGUCUGACUAGUUAUUACCAUUAGUGAGUUGUAUUUCGAAUUUGGAUACAUAUUCUUACUUGAAAACUGAAUAUUAUGAAUAUGAAAUUAUUGACUAUAUUGAGAACAGUUUCUUUUACAGUCAAAGAACAUCUAAUAAUGCUAUUCUUGCUGUUUUUGGUUCCAAUAACACUUCCAUCGGAAGUGCUAGCAACUUCAAUUUUAUAGUUAUCAUAAUCUUAUUUUUCAUACUCCCUUCAAUUUGGGGUCCAGCUGUCUCAUCAGCCUAAUCAAAAUAUUCAACAUCUGUUUUUGGGGUCAUUUCGAGUUUUCACUCGAAUCACAAAUUUACGGGGUAUUCAGUGGUCACUUACAUCCUAACUUUAGCAUAAGUCUUGUCAAUAUUUUCUGGCUAGAAAGCUCAGACAAAGGCUUAUGCUAAUUGUUUCGCAGAUCGGCUCUCUCUGGCUUUCUACUAUAUCUUUGGCUACUUAUCUGAAUCACAGUUCAGAUGCUUAACAUUCAUAUGCUUUGGAACCAGGAGAGCGGAUAGUGCAUAACAUAGUGUUUCUGUAGUAGCUUUAAUAUAGAUUAGACACUGGGCACUAACCAGCCGAUCUGACUAGUUUAAAAUUAUGUUUGCAAGCAAACCGCAGUUUGCCUACAUCUACACUAUUUCUAUUUGUUUUCAAAAAAUUCGGAUAAUGUGACCAUGCACGCUAAGUUGCUGAGACAGCCGUACGCUUUUGUUUUAAGAUUAGAUCUUUUCGUUGCAUUAUAUAGAUUUGGCUUAGAGUAU